GUUGGGAGACGCAUGGCGGCGACGACAGAAGACACCGAAGCGCGCGUCGGCCCCGUCGACGACGUCAACCGCAGCAUCGAGGCGUUGGAUUGGUCGGUACUCGAGGCGGCGCUCAAGGUACCGGGCAACGCGGGGUAUCCGCUCUGCUCCAUGACCGAAGCCGACUUUGACGUGUAUAUCGAGUCGGAGAACCAAGACCUCAAGUCGCGCAACCUGGAGUGGCACCACGGCGUUGUGUACAUUGUCGAAUUGAACGAUGUCAUGCACUGCCGCCUCGCUAUCGGCAUCGAUGAGGCCAUCUUCGAGGCGACGGGGACGGGAUGCAAGCAUCUCCGGUCGUGUGGCAGCGCGUACAUUGACACGACCAACGCGCCGAUCACGCUACCGAAGCUCGAGCCGGAUGGUUGCUUUUACCCGACGCGCAGCAUUGGCCCGAUCAAGCCCAACUGGCUUUCCUGGUGCGAGAAUCACACGCUCAAAGUCGAAGUCGGCGUGCACGCCAACUGGGUGACGCUGGACCCGAAGACUGAGCGCUGGUGCGCGUUUCCCGGUAUUCGCUACGUGCUCUGCGUCCACGUGUCGCACGACUUUGCGGUGCGCGAGUACAAGCUCUUUUCGAUCACCAACAACCAGCUUGACGGCCCCGCACCGCACUUGACGGCGCCCACUCCAAUUCACGCUCAUACGCGCAUCGAGCUCGAUGGUCGUCGGCUCUUGGCGCUGCCGGACGACGUCCCGCUGCCGCUGGGUUUCAACGCCAGCAUUGUCUUUGAACUCAACCCGAUCGUGCAAGAAGUGUGGUGCGAUUAUUGCGAUAGCGACGACCCCAUUCCACCUCCGUUUUGAGUUUCAAGCCGUGCACGAGUGGCAUUUUCCUUCACAAGGGAAACGUUUCUAGUGAAAUGACUCCAA